GAAAUUGCAAAUAUUUUAUGGCUGACCUUCAUUGAUGGCACGUGUUCCAUUUGCCUCCACCCCUUCCCUCCUUUCUAAUUUGUUCUACUCCGUCUAACAUCCUCUACUUCUCUUCUUCACUGUCACAUUGAUUUGAGUCUUCCAUCUCCAGGCCAUGAAAUUUAAGCUUCUAAACUGGUCAUCCUAACUACUAACUCUAUCUAGAACCUUCCAAUUCAUGGCUACUAACUCUUCUCUUCUACACUUUCCCGAACUCCAUUUUCUUUCUCCACAAAUCACACACAACCGCCGUUUCUCUUUCUCUACACGUUCCAUUUCCCGCCUUUCUACCCCCAAUGUCGUUCUUCGCGCCACGCGAAUUCGUGCCGCGAAAGAUGAAUCCGCGUUAGCCGAACGAGUUAACGACGUGGAGUUAAACGGUAACGGAGUUGCGUCUCGUUCCGGCAUCAAUGGAACAGCUUCGGGAUAUGUUAACGGCGCUGUCAACAGAAGUUCGGUGGAGUACGGAUAUGGUAACGGAAACGGUGUAGCUGUUACGGAGGUUGUGGAUGUUGAAGCUUCCAAGGUGAAUGAGGAUGGAAGGAAGAGAAGGUUGGAGGAGAUUGGAAAAGAAGACGCGUGGUUCAAAGAAACUGACAAAGAAAAAGUUGAGGUAGCAGUUGCUCCUGGAGGUCGUUGGAGCAGAUUCAAGACUUACUCUACAAUCCAGAGAACCUUAGAAAUUUGGGGAUUUGUUGUAACGUUCGUCUUUAAGGCUUGGCUAGACAAUCAGAAGUUCUCUUACAAAGGAGGAAUGACCGAGGAAAAAAAGAAGUCAAGGCGGAAGACCCUUGCCAAAUGGCUUAAGGAAAGCAUUUUGAGAUUAGGUCCUACAUUCAUUAAAAUUGGUCAGCAGUUCUCCACUAGGGUGGACAUUCUUCCUCAAGAAUAUGUUGACCAGUUGUCUGAACUUCAGGAUCAAGUUCCUCCAUUUCCCUCUGAGACUGCUUUAGCUAUUGUUGAAGAAGAGCUUGGAGCUUCUGUAGGUGAUAUCUUUGAUCAGUUUGACUACGAACCAAUAGCUGCUGCAAGUCUUGGUCAGGUUCAUCGUGCAAGAUUGAAGGGACAAGAGGUUGUUAUUAAAGUGCAAAGGCCCGGUCUCAAAGAUCUUUUUGAUAUUGAUCUAAAAAACCUGAGGGUUAUUGCUGAAUAUCUUCAAAAAAUUGAUCCAAAGUCAGAUGGUGCAAAGAGGGAUUGGGUUGCUAUUUAUGAUGAAUGUGCUUCUGUCUUAUAUCAGGAGAUCGAUUACACUAAGGAGGCUGCUAAUGCAGAAUUGUUUGCAAGUAACUUUAAGAACAUGAGUUAUGUGAAAGUUCCUACCAUCUACUGGGAUUUUACCACGCCACAGAUUCUGACAAUGGAAUAUGUUCCAGGAAUUAAAAUAAACAAAAUACAAGCUUUAGAUCAACUUGGUGUUGAUCGCAAAAGGUUAGGGAGAUAUGCAGUUGAGUCGUUCUUGGAACAAAUUCUAUCGCAUGGUUUCUUCCAUGCUGACCCUCAUCCUGGAAAUAUUGCAGUUGAUGAUGUCAAUGGUGGAAGAUUAAUCUUCUAUGAUUUUGGAAUGAUGGGGAGUAUCAGUCCAAACAUCCGAGAGGGCUUGCUCGAAACAUUUUAUGGAGUCUAUGAGAAAGAUCCAGAUAAGGUUCUUCAAUCAAUGAUUCAAAUGGGUGUUCUUGUCCCUACCGGAGAUAUGACUGCUGUUAGACGAACAGCACAAUUCUUUCUUAACAGUUUUGAGGAGCGCCUAGCUGCACAAAGGAGAGAAAAAGAGGAAGCAACAGGCGAACUUGGAUUCAAAAAACCAUUAAGCAAGGAGGAAAAAAUUAUGAAAAAGAAACAACGUCUAGCUGCUAUUGGUGAAGAUUUAUUAUCCAUUUCAUCAGACCAACCCUUCCGGUUUCCUGCUACAUUUACAUUUGUUGUUAGAGCCUUCUCAGUGUUGGAUGGCAUUGGAAAGGGACUUGACCCACGUUUUGACAUUACUGAGAUUGCCAAACCUUAUGCUCUGGAGUUGCUAAGGUUUCGUGAGGCAGGGGUUGAAGUUGUCUUAAAGGACUUCACUAAGAGAUGGGACAGACAAUCUCAAGCAUUUUACAACUUAUUUAGGCAGGCUGACAGGGUUGACAGGCUUGCUACAAUUAUCCAAAGACUGGAGCAAGGAGAUCUAAAGCUCCGAGUUCGGACUUUAGAAUCUGAAAGGGCAUUCCAGCGUGUUGCCACAGUCCAGAAGACUAUAGGGAGCGCAGUAGCUGCUGGAAGCCUAAUAAAUCUUGCGACAGUUUUGUAUCUCAAUUCGAUUCGUGUGCCUGCAAUUGCAGCAUAUGCCUUCUGUGCAUUCUUUGGUUUCCAAGUGCUCUUGGGCAUUGUAAAGGUCAAGAAGCUAGAUGAGAUGGAACGAUUGAUAACAGGAACUGCAUAAACAACUAUAAGAAUUUGGACGAUAUGUAGCACGUCUUAAGGUCAUGUUUACAAGUCAACCUCCAGAUCAUGAAUGGGAUGAUGACUUCAGGAGAAAGUAAUUAAUGCUCAACAUUUCAGAAUUCAUCAACAGAUGCAAAACCUUUUCACCAACAAAUGCUGGAGGCAUUUCAUGUUCAUCACAUGUUCUUGAUGCUUUGUAAAUUUAUAUCGAGCUCUGCAUUAGCUAGCAGCAUUUUUGUCAUUAGCUACCCUUAAAAAAUCGCAUAAAGUAAAUUUUAUAGGCAUGAUGUGGGUUUUGUAAAUAUUCCACUAUUUACAUACUCCUAUCAUACUUGAAUUUACCGUAAAUUUGUAAAUUUUAAUUUUUUCUGGCUAUGUAGAGAGUUACUACUCUUGUAAAUACCAUGGUAUGAUGCAGCUUCCUACAAAUAUUUGGAGGGGAAGCUUAACUUGCCAUUGACAUUAAAUUUGUUGGAUGAAAAUGUCAGUAUGUGACAAGACAUCAAUAUGCAUGCUAGAUUUAAAUUACUGACUGAACAUCAGUUUCAUUUUUGUUA